GCAGAUACAUCUUGCCUCUGCAGAGACUACCCGUUGGUUGCGGCGAGUGAUCGCCCUGCUUAUUCAUUCCGUCCAGGUAGCGCAGCAGUGGCCGCUGACGCGCUACGUAUCUGACGCGACGCCGCCGCCGCCGCUGCCGCUCUCCAGUCGUGCAGCUCUCUCACUCCUCCAGUCUCGGGUGAGCCGCAGUUUCAUUCAGUUCGAGCAAGCAGCGCCACUAGACCUUCUUGCAGCUGCGGUUUCAUCCCUGCAAUGUCAUUCUGGAUUAAAGAAAAUCAUUUUCAACUCGAUUCACAAUAAGGGAUAAAAUUUACUACGCUUGUUGUUUUUGUUUUUAUAGAAUUAUUUUUAUCUGGAUGAUGACGGCGAAUGAAUAAAGGCGCAUACCUCUACUGUUGCCUAGCUGCAGAUAAUUUUCUAUAAGAACUGAGGUGGUCGUUUUCCGUGGAGGAAAAAAAAAAGAGGGCAGGAAAGCACGGAAUUGGACACGCGCAUCUCCACCAGCUUUCUUCUGUUUGCUGAUCGGCGAGGAACAUGGUGCUCGGCGGCACACAUCUGAGGAUCUCCUCUCCUUAAAGGGAGGCUGAAUGAAAAUCCCCCUCGCGAGGUCGGCUCCACCGUCUGCGGUAGAUCUGCACGCACAAGGGCGCCUGGCUCAUUGACUCCUGUUUCCCGCCCGUCCGCCCGCCAACCUACAGGAUUAUUAUGGCCACACUUUUGCGAAAAAUAGGUCUCAUUCGUCUUCACGACCGCGACACGGAGGAUCCUAAGCACCAUCAAGGCUCUUUCAAAGGCACCAAAAGCAACCAGAAAAACAGCAGCAAACACUGCAGCACGGGCAGCGACAGCAACAUCCUUGCCCCCGCCGACAUGAAAAGCAAGAAGACGGAGCAGCUGAAUAAGGACAAGCCAUCUGGCAAGGACAAGCAGCUGAGCAAAGACAGCAAGGAGAAGCAACAACAACAGCAGCAGCAACAACAACAGCAGCAGCAGCAGCAACAACAGCAGCAGCAGCAACAACAGCAACAACAGCAGCAGCAAGUCGGGGGCAGUAAGUCUCCCGGAGCCUCAUUACAACCCCUCGUUCCGCAUAGGCAGCACUGCACCCAGGUCCGGACGAGAAGGCUCAUGAAGGAACUGCAGGAGAUCAAGCGCCUGGCCGACAACUUUAUUUCCGUGGAGCUGGCCGACGACAACCUUUUCGAGUGGAAUGUCAAGUUGCACCAGGUGGAUAAGGACUCUGCUCUGUGGCAGGACAUGAAGGAGACCAACACCGAGUAUAUUCUGCUCAACAUCACUUUCCCCGAUAAUUUUCCCUUCUCCCCGCCCUUUAUGCGGGUGCUUACCCCGCGGCUGGAGAACGGCUAUGUCCUGGAUGGAGGAGCGAUCUGCAUGGAGCUGCUGACCCCCCGUGGAUGGUCGAGCGCCUACACGGUGGAGGCGGUCAUGAGGCAGUUCGCGGCCAGUCUGGUUAAAGGACAGGGCCGGAUCUGCCGGAAAGCUGGGAAAUCCAAGAAAGCCUUCAGUCGCAAAGAAGCAGAGGCCACUUUUAAGAGCCUGGUGAAGACCCACGAGAAGUACGGCUGGGUGUCCCCACCAGUGUCCGAUGGCUGACGGGAGACCCUCACACUUUUCCCCAAAGACUGUGAAACCUACCAUCACGUCCUCAAUGCUGCACAUCUCCCAUCCUUUCUACUUUUUAGUACUUUCAUGUAGGCGUGGCGGCCUUUAACUUCUCCAUGAGCAGAUGUGUUUACAGCUAAAUAUCAAUUUUAGUGGAUUGUGUUUCAAAACUGGAUAUGGCUCUUUUUUGGAAUUGAUUUCCCUGCUACUUUUUUUUUUUUUUCUUCUUCUUCUUCUUUUUUGGUUCUAAGACCGGUGGCACCAUUCCUUGCACCCGUUCCACUUCAUCUUGCGUGCUGCACUGUCCCAUGCGCCUCAAAGGCAGCAACGUACUGCACUGAAUCGCAUCACAGUUUCCAUUCACUGCUGCUCCUUUUCAUUUAAAUGCAAAUGAAUCUGUUAAUAUUUAAUAGACAGGCAGUGCAUUUGAGGAUCACUUUCUGCUGUGCUGUUUUCACAGGUCAAUGCAACUUGAAGAUUGUAAUUUAUGUGGAGCUACGCUCUCGCUCUCUCUGUUUUGCUCUUUAUCUUGUGGCUAAACUUAGACCUCACUGUAUUGUGUAAAUGGCCGUUGAUUUUUGAUGACCCAACAAAUCAUCCAAAUUUGGAGAGGUGCUGUAAAGGUAAAAAAGAAAAACAAGGCAUAUUAACUCUGAUUUAUUUAUUGAUAGCAUAAUGUGAUUCACUAAGACGCCUGAUGGUUCCAUUGCUUGUAGAUGCCCACCGUCAGGACUUGAAAGCAUUCAAAUGCAAGCGUUAGAAAUAAAAAUGGAAUGUGGGGUGUG